GUGCAGUGAUUGUAUCCACACCCCAAGACAUAGCCCUACUAGACGCACGGCGGGGUGCGGAGAUGUUCCGUAAGGUAGAGGUUCCAGUACUUGGACUCGUCCAGAACAUGAGUGUGUAUGUCUGUCCAAAGUGUGGCCAUGCAGAGCAUAUCUUUGGUCAGGAUGGUGCUGCCACUAUAGCCUCAGACAUGGGACUUAGUGUCCUGGGGGACGUACCCCUGCACAUCUGUAUCAGAGAGGGUAGUGACAAUGGACAGCCGGUGGUGGUGUCAAAGCCGCAGUCUCCACAAGCCUUGGCUUACAGACAGAUAGCAGAACAGGUCACAGAAAAACUAUCUUCUACACCUCCAAUAGAUCCAUCUCCACAAAGCCAACAUUUCUCAAGUUCUCACAAAGACGGUUCAUGAAGGAAUGAUCAGCAAUCAAAUAUUUAGUAUAAUAAUGUAAUUUGUGUAGGAAUAUAUUAUAAUGUUUUACGAUAAUAUCUUUUUUCAGUUAUAAAUAUUAUUUCUUUGUACAAGUUAUUUAACAGUUUGACUUGUGUGUUAUUCAACAAUCAAAUAAUCACAUACUUGAUAUAGAAUUAUGGUUUUUAGAUGAUCCAUGAGUUAGGCUACCAGGUGAUAGUCAGUAACUUCAGUCUGUGAUUGUUUAUUAUGUCAGUUUACAUUUAACCCAUUCACCCCUCAUAUCACAUUUGAAUCAUUCUAAAUCAAUAUUGGCAUAGUCCAUUUUCAAAUGGAGUCUACAAGAAAUUUCAGAUUUAUCACAUCUCUCUGCCAGUCUGAGUUGUAAAUUUGUUGUAGGCGCAUUUCUUUUUUAGAAGACAUGCACUAAAAUUGUGGUACUAUAAACUAAAUGACAUCCCACCAAGUGGAUUACUGUGUUUUCAUUAUUUGUUAUUUCAUCACGAGCGUUUUAAAAUGGAAACCUAAGCAGUUGAAGGGAGAUAAUUUAGGAAAAUUGUACUAAAUUAAAGUCAAUCCCUUUCACCCACAAAUAGUAAAGGUUCUACAGACUGUUAAGGAGCUGUUUCGAUAUUCUGUGUGCAUCAAUUCAUAUAACACAGAUCUUUACAUAUUUUAAUGAUUUUAUUUGGUAUGAAAUGUGUGCUUUACAGAUUAUUAAGAGUUUUAAUUAAAUUUCAACCAAUCUUUCCCUCAAGAAAACAGUUAUUCAUAAUCUAUAAAGGUUUUUUGAGAUUUUUAUUCAAUACUGAUCAACCCUAAGAUUGAAUAAAUACUGAUAUGGUUAUAAAGCUUCUGAAGAUUUGUUAUUAAACUCAGUACAUCUGCUUCCACUAAUUG